ACAAAGACACGGUCCCACACCACAGUCACUCAGUGAGCACCAGACGGAGAGCACCACAGCCGGAGAGCACCACAGCCCGCAGUCCUCAGUCUUUCUCCCGGGUCUUCUAAUGGUUCACAUCACAGACUUCAUGCUCGGCUUCACUGUUCCUCUCUUGACUUUCUUGGUACUCUUCACUACGGCAGCCCGGACGGACGUUGAUUCUCAGCCUCAGGUGAUUGGAUCCCUUGAGCCAAUCGUUGCUGUUCUGGGCGAUGAUGUCAUCCUGCCGUGCCACCUGGAGCCCAAAUUCAACGUGCAGCGUCUGACGGUAGAAUGGUCGAAGCCCGACCUCAAGCCGGACCCCUUGGAUCCGCUGAGCCGGGUCGAGUACGUGCACCUUUACAGGGACCGACAAGAAGUCCCGGACAUGAAGAUCCAGUCGUACCUCAGGAGGACGGCUCUGUUCACUGACGAGCUGAGAGAGGGAAACAUUUCGCUGAAGAUCAUGAACGUGACGCUCGCAGAUGCGGGCAGAUACAGAUGUUUCAUCCCCAAGUUAAAAAGCAGAGUGAAGGAGUCAGUUAUUUACCUUACUGUUGUCCCAAAAUCUGUUACAACAACAGAGACACCGCUGCAUCCCCAGACUCCAGAUCCAAAUGAGACGGAUGUUAAAGGUGGUCGGAGCAAUCAUGGUUUGUGGAUCUCUAUGGGGGUCGCCUGCGUCUCGCUGAUCCUGGGCAGUGGAGUCGUUGGAUAUUUAUUGAAACACAGGCGUGAAAAACAAAAUCAUACAAAGUAUGACAUGGCCUCAACCAUAGCCCUUCCAGCCUAGGUGCCUUGCUCAAAGACACGUUUGAGGUAUUUGUUAAUGGAGAUCAGAGCGAGGAUUUAAAUCAGCAGCAUAUCUGAUGGGACCAGCAGCAGAGAGAUCUCCUUGAUGGAUACAGAUUAUCAUCGGGACAGAAUGCACAGUCUGAUUUGAAGGUGACCGUCAAUGGCCUUUGACGACUGUAUGAUUCGCUGGAGGAAUCCGAUCCCUGUGAAAACAGGCGAAUUCAAAAGCAACACCUGAUGAAAUCUUCCUGAGCAUGUUUGGUCAAAAGAAGUCCAGCCCGCAGAAGAACUGUGCCAAAACCUUGAAAUCUAUUUUGGACUCAUCACGAUCAGCGACAGGAUCGCUGUGACUGAAGACUUUUGUUUUCUGUUAAAAGAAAGAAGCCAGACUUAGGCCAGCAAUACUUUUUUUGGACUAUCUUUUCGUGAAGAUGAUAGCUAUGGCAUUUCACCUGACCUCAAAGACAGCCAUGACGGAUGGAAAGGAUGACGACAAGUUUGUUUCGUCAUCGUCUGCCCUUCCAAAGGAGGAUAAUUGUGAGUGAAAUACUUCAUUCGCAAACAGACUUUUUUAGGCCUGUUGUUGUAGUAACCUCCAUGACAUUGUAGUAACCUCCAUGACAUUUUGCUACGAGCUGGUUGCACCAGUUGUUUGUAACUUAGCCUAGUCACUAAAUAAAAACAGUUUGCACCUUACAAAGUACGUCUAUCACAAAAAUGAUGCGUCACACACACACACCACCGCCCAUCCAGACCACUCUUUUCUGGGCGAUAGUGUGAGCAAGCAAGGUGUGUGUUUAUGUAUCUGCUGGGCUCCAGACCGCAACUAUUUAGUGGCAUUUUGCGACCAUGGAGCACCCGUGCAACUUGCAAAUACUAUUAAUGCAUGAACUGGAGAGCUGUUAGUUUAUUCACUGUGAGCAGGAAGUAAACUAUCAGUGUUAAAGCCACUACAGUAACAGCUUAACCUAAUUUGUUUAACAAUAGUUUGAGCAGUUGAGACGCAUGUUUUUGAAUCUUCCGGGCUCCAGACUGCAAAUAUGUAGUGGCAUUUUGCGACCAUGGAGCACCAGUGCAACUUGCAAAUAUGAAUGUAUAAACUUGAGAACUGUUAGUUUACUUCCUGCUCACAUUGAAUACAUCCUCACGGUUUAACUUAACUCCAACUGCUAACAACAACUGUUGACCAGAACCUUCAAGUUCACAUCAAAAACAUCAACGCUUCCUACCAGAGACGAGGUGCCGCUUUACUUACUUUACUUGAAUUAUUUUUAUAACAGUACUUUAAUGUUAUUAUGUAACACUAGCUACUUUAUUUAAAUCUAUUGUACCAAUAUGUUAUUUAGCACUUCAGCACUUCAUUUUAGUUGUCUACGAUAGUAAAGAUGAAUUUCAAAAUAUCACGAUAUACACUGUGUAUCAUGAUUUAGCCUAAAAAUAUUGUGAUAUCAUUUAUAGCCAAUAUUGCUCCGCCCUGCAACCACUAAUCUCCAGGUGUAACGUUAGCUUGCUAAUAUCUUACCUGAGUUAAGAAUAAGGUUAACACACAGUGUUUCCCACAGGACAGGAAUCUAUUUGUGGUGGUGUGGUCCUGGGGGGGGCAUCCAACGUCAGAGUUAAUUACUAACGAGCAGAACCACACGGCCGGGCUCCACUGGCUGCAAACCUACGUCACGUCAGCGUAGCGUCGCAGCGUAUUCGUUUGGGCUCCACUGACUGCGUACGGAAGCGACACGUAGAGAAGCCAGCGGGGUUGUUUACUGUUUGCCAAGCCGAGAGGCUGCAUGUAGGCUGCAUGAAAUGUUAAAGCAUUUUCCACCUAAGUUAUUACAUAUAUUUGAGUUAUCUACAAGUUUACUGUACUGUUUGUCAUCUACUCGCUUUCAAAUGUCCGCCACGGACAUUUACACAAUGUCACGGAUAAACAUGGGUAAAUGCAUGGAAAAAAAAUCAUCACAUAUCACCUCUGAUAAUGGUUUAUUCAUUUAAAAACACAUUGUGCUCGUUUAGCACACCAUUUCAUAUAGUUUUUAUCUGCUGGAGGGUCGCGUAGGGGAGCGUAGCGCGACAAAAAUACAAGAGCCGCGUAAAAUAGAGAGUUGUCGCGCGACAGACGGGGGUUGUCACGCCGCUCCCGUUGCCGGUGGAGCCGCUGUAAUUGAUUAACGCGGGUGAGCUGCUACGGGACUCGCGCUGCAGUUAACAUUACUAACAGCGUGAGUUAAUGUCUCUGCACAUGUUGAGCUUCCACCUAUGUUAAUACAGACACAGGCUAAUAAAACAGCUAAUAUAACAUGAUGAGUUAGAGUUGUUCGGACCACUUUUGGACUUGUUUGCCCACAUAUUUGUACCGAGAGGUCUUUGGAUCCGCUCUGCUACUACGUCUGCUUCUUCUUCUUCUGGCGGACCAGCUGCGUUAAGUGCGUCUUUAGGAUGCAUACCGCCACCUAUUGCACCGGAAUUGUAACGACAAGCUACAUUCACAGACACUGAGUCCCAUUAUAAUGUGUUUAUGAGCGAGGUCGAACAGGUAGCGCCAAAAGCAGAAAAAUCUAUAUGUGGCGGAGAUAAUUUAUUCGUGGCGCACCGCCACAGAUAAAUGAAUGUAUGGGAAACACUGACACAUGAGCAAAUGUGGGCGACUGAUCGUCAUCUAACGAGGCGAUAUUCAUGAUGAGCGUGGGCAGUGCCUGAUGUGACGCACACAAAUUUUUUUUUUUUUGCAGAACUACCUCUCUAAAGCAUGAUGUUAUCUGUGCAUAUUCCAUUUUCUUAUAUUCCAUGCCUGUCUCCUGACUCGCUGUCAGCCAGGCAGCAUCUCUCAUGUGCGGCACUUUGUAUUUUUUAGGACCAAAAUCGUAAAAAUGUCUGCUUAGGAAAGAGUCCGACUCAUUGUCAUGGACAGAAUUUUGUAAGUUUUCCAUGACUUUCCAAGGACCCUUUAUGGCAUUUCCAUGACCAUUCAGAAUGUAUCACAUGACCAGAACUGUAAGGUACACUUUUGUUUCUUAACAUGAAAGGUUAUCCACGGAUGAUUACUGUAAAAAAUUUAUUACAUACAACAAAAUUCCAGGACUUUUCCAAAACAUUUUAAGGGUUUUACCAACUCUGCAACUUUUAAAACAAGAUUGCUGAUGCUGUCUAUGACCGCGGCAACCCUGUUAGCAUCAUCAGAUAAUUUCCUCUCAUGUUAUAGUGUAUGAAUGCAGCAAACUCUGAAACACAUGUACUUUAUUUCUUCGUAUAUGCCAACAUAAGCUAAACCAAAGUAAUACACAGAAUAAAAAAAGAUUAAUCUGUUGCGCCUGUGAAACUGUUAUUUUCCGAGGUUGUGCUAAGUUGUCUGGCAUUUCCAAGCAAUUGAUCAACACAUUGCCAAAUUCUUUCCUGAGCUAAGACGUUUAAUGGUGCAACUUGAUUUAGCAAAUCACUGAAUAUCUGGUGCAACCCAAUCAAUUAGACUGAUUAUAAAUCACAGUUAAUAGUGUUACAACAGUGGCUAUGUUUACAUGCACACUAAUAUUCAGCUGUUAUUUCAAAUUUAAACAGCAAUAUUCCAUGUCGAUAUAAAGAAUUAGGGUUUUUAUUUCUGGCCAAAUUCUGGCACAAGUGACAGCCGUUCCACUUUUCCAUAUUUUGGUGUGAUAAACGACUUGUUGUGACACGUUAAUCAGAGUGCGCACGGCUGCAUGUAAAUGUAAAUUUUAGUUUGAUAUUCAUUUUCAUUAGUCGGUAUGUUGUCUUUUUUGGAAAAAGGGCAAAAACUGAAAUAUAUUGUGCAUGUGAACAUAAUCAGUGUGAUUUAAAAGAGGGUGGUGUGUCUGACGUUUAUUAAUUUAUGUUUGAAUAAUAACUGAUUUGAGGUCACCCCGCCUUGUUUCAUGUGUCAGUGUGACUGAAUGUGAGCCCACAGUGAGGGUGUGUGACCGGGUGUGUCCUAAAUUGAAAAAUGAUGAAAUGAUAGACUUCAAACGGCAAUUUUCUGGCACACAUGAUUCUUUAAGAUUAAGAAAUAGCUCAGCUGAAGUUGAAGCGAUCUCCAUGCUGUUGACAUCUACUGUGAACGUGCCUUUGAGCAGGGCACCGAGCUCUCACUAUAGUACUAUGUGUUCAUUGUUGCACUGUUAUGUCCAAUAUUUAAAAAAAAAAAUGUCCAAAAAAGUUUGGAUGUGUUUUUCUGUACCUCUUGCACUUUGAAUCAGUUUAUAAGACUGACCUCUGCUAUGUUAAUGUGUUUAAGCACUGAAUUAAAAUCUGAAGAAAAAAAGCGGAUUAAAUGUUACUGUUUCAGGGAUAUUACGAUGCAGUGCAGUAUUUAGAGUUUUUACAUCAAAGUAUUGUAUGCUUCAAUGUUUAAGUGAACACAGGGUACAAGAGACCGAAUAAACUAUAUUUCUAAAAUAA